CACACACACGGACACACACACACAGAACCACUCUUUUGAGAGAUGCAUUAAUAUACCCAUACAGUAUUGUUUAGGACCGGUCAGUAAGAACAGCACGAGGGUAGGAAUAUUUAAACUACACACGGCACCGAACACACACAACACUUAAAAUGUGCACAUAUAUCACAAAAUAAGGUUUGUAUCCGUUGUUGAACAGGUCAUAGUCUUUGGUUGACAGAGCAUUUUCGUGGCAGAGGACCAUCCUAUGGCGGCUGUGAAUUAUUCACGCACACGAUGGAGCCGGUGGCUGUUUCGAGCGCUGGGGUGGGGGCAGCUCGGUGACGAAACAGAGACUGUCUUGGCCGACAUCCAGGACACAGCUACCAAGAAAGUCCUGGAGCUGGGGACCAUCAAGCUGACCAUCCUCAAGCUCUUCCGGAGCCUGAGCGCGUAUCGGAAAGCGCACCUGAAGGUGUCACAGGAUGACAGCCUCAGACAGCUGGACAUGAUCCAGCACUUUAUCCAAGACUUUGCAGACCUCUGUCUGGAGGAGAAACAGAAGGACAGGAGGAACAGCCAGGAAGGCACCUGCGGAGCAACAAGGGACACCCCAGCAGGACCUGCUCUGCCCGCAGAGGCUCAGCAGGGUGGGAAGUGAGAGAGGAGGACAGGGGGCACCGCAGAGAUCGCAGACCCCACCGCAGGUUACACCAGGGAAGCCUCGCGCCUUUCUGGCUCUUCUGUCCUGCACAGCUGCUGACACCUUUUAUUCUAUUAAAAAUAACCAAAUAUUCCAAGAUGUCCCUCUAAAGUUUGCUUCUUCCUUUGCCUUAAACAUUUGUGUCUGAGGGCUGCCCAUUUGUGCCCUUGUUUUGUGGCGCAGCACCAGGCCUCCCCAAGGAUGGAUCUCAGGAUGUCACCUGAGGUCCUGGUCUGCGGUCCAGGUUCAGUGGAACCCCUCCACCCCUGGCCGGGCUCCUGGUCCUGACGCAAUGGGGGAGAGAUGCAGGGGCGGGUGCUGACCCCCCUCCUCCCUCUGGGGCGCCCGCGCUGGACCCUCCCGAAGGAGCUGCUGCACACACAGGCGAGACCCCGACAUGUGCUGGUGGGGCAGGGACAGGCCUGAGAGAAGAACUCCCACUUCAUGGGACCAGCCUGGACCGUGCAGCCUGGAAGAAGCUGCUGCCAUGGCCAUGUGUUCUAGAGGAAGUGCUGCUGCCAUUGAUGGGGGGAUUCUUUCUUUUCCUCUUCUCUCUCUCUCUUUCUCCCCCAUUACCUUACUGUUCCUCAUCUGGUGUAGCUGUGUGUGUUGGAGCAGAUCCGAGUGACCUUUACUGUGUUCACAGAUCGGAUUGGGAUCUGAACAGAUUGGAAUCUGUUUCCUGCAACUUUGAGGUGUUGCAUCCCCGUAUCUCGGCUGUGCACCCAAGUCUUUUGGUCUGCUUAUUUUUGCCAGACCAAGAAUAAAUAUUACUUUUGAGUUUCACCCUGAGAGUGACCUUGUUGCCCUCUGGAUCGCUGCACAGAUAAACGAACCCCCUACCCCUCCGUGUUUCGACUGUGCAGGUCAAAAGAGGCCCAGACACGAGGGUGGGGCUCAUGGAUCCAGGAUGUGACAUAUUCAUACUCACUGCUCUGCUCUCUGCCCCACACGGCAGCUCUGUCCCAGCACCGAUGGUGGGUUUUGCACUGGAGGGGCUGGUGCCUGAGAGCGGCCAGAUGCUGAGCACCCACCGUGCAGUCCAAGCGACAGGGGCAUGCUCCGACACGGAGCCUGGCUGUACAGAAAGGGCACUGUCAGCAUCAGAUCCCUUGGGAUGCUCUCACCUGGAGACCUGCUACCUCCCCUCUGAGGCACUCUGCCAGGAGGCACGAGUCCAGCCCUGUGCUAGCACUGACCACUGCCUUCAGCAGUGACUUUGGAAGACAUUGCUGGCUUAUGAACCCCACGAUUAGCAUUUAUAUAAAACUUGGCAUGCCAAGAGCUAUUGAAUGCCAUGGCAAAGCCGUGAAAGCCAUUAAACCUGAACCAGAACACUCUUUUUGCACGUGCAGUUUCCAGGCACCUGACUGAAGAAAGGACGUGGGUGCCUGAGCUGCCUGGCCCACUCUCAGUAGGCACUGGCAUAAAAGCACAUCACGUCUGUGAGUGACUGUGAACUUCCCUGGUCCUACACAGCUGCUGAGAGCCAGCGAAGCAUAGUCUGCCCUGCCUCUCUGCUCCUACCCAGCCCAUCUCCCUUCUCCUUGUGUUCCCCAUCUUGUGCACCACGACGCGCUCCUGGCAAGCUCUCUAAUCACCCAUCCCAAUGAUAGAUAACACCACAAACCACGAGACCCUCCUGUUUGCUGGUCUGCAUGCCCUGCUCUUCCUCCUGGAGGUGGGAUGCAGGAGGGGGAAGAGCUGGGGUGCCAAGAGAAGAGAUGGUGCAGCCAGACCUCCUUCAGUGCUCUGUUACACAGUGCCGCACGUAGAAGACCUUUGAUGUGCCACAGCCUCUCUAUAAUCAGUACCUGUGAAGCUCGGGGAGGACAGAAGGCUGGUGUCAGGGAACAAAUACAUCAAAACAACUCAGGGCUCUGAGCAUUAGAGGUUAUUAACCCGAGGAGGCAGUUUCUUGCCCUUCCAAAGAUUGUUCAGCCUGGCCAA